AUGGCGGCGGAGGCGAUGGGGGUUAGGCCCAGGAGCUCAGCCAGCAGAGCCAAGGACCCCUCGGGGCUGCUCAUCUCGGUCAUCAGGACUCUUUCCUCCAGCGAUAAUGUUGAAGACCGAGAGAAUGAGAAGGGCCGGCUGGAAGAGGCUUACGAGAAGUGCGAUAGGGACCUGGACGAGCUGAUUGUUCAGCACUACACCGAGCUGACGACUGCCAUCCGCACGUACCAGAGCAUCACUGAGCGCAUCACCAACUCACGCAACAAAAUCAAGCAGGUGAAGGAAAACCUGCUUUCCUGCAAGAUGCUUUUGCACUGCAAGCGAGACGAGCUCCGGAAGCUGUGGAUUGAAGGAAUCGAACACAAACACGUCCUGAACCUGCUGGAUGAAAUCGAAAAUAUCAAACAAGUGCCUCAAAAACUGGAGCAGUGCAUGGCUAGCAAGCACUAUCUGAGUGCCACGGACAUGCUGGUGUCAGCGGUAGAUUCUUUGGAGGGGCCACUCCUUCAGGUGGAGGGCUUGAGUGACCUGCGCCUAGAGCUGCACAGCAAGAAAAUGAACCUCCAUUUGGUACUCAUUGAUGAGCUGCAUCGGCACCUCUACAUCAAGUCUACUAGCCGGGUUGGACAGCGCAGCAAGGACAAAGGGAGAAUGAGCUCUCUCAUAAAGGAUGCCUCCCCAGUACCCCUGAUUGACGUCACAAAUUUGUCUACCCCUCGGAAAUUUCUCGAUUCCUCUCAGUUUGGUACUCCUGGAAGUGCCAGCGUGCGAGAAUUAAGUCUGCAGGAUAUUAAGGAGGAUUUGGAGCUAGAUCCAGAGGAAAACAGUACCCUCUUCAUGGGCAUCCUCAUCAAAGGACUAGCCAAACUGAGAAAGAUUCCAGAGACUGUUAAAGCUAUCAAGGAGCGCCUGGAGCAAGAGCUUAAGCAGAUUGUCAAGCGGUCCACUACCCAAGUGGCAGACAAUGGCUACCAGAGAGGCGAGAACCUCCCUUCGGAGAAUCAGCCGAGAUUACUCCUAGAGCUGCUGGAGCUUCUCUUUGACAAGUUCAACGCUGUGGCCGCUGCUCACUCAGGGGUUCUGGGCCAUCUCCAGCAGACUGUGGCUUCCCUCCCAAAUCAGCAUGAAGAGAUCAAGUUAUAUGACAUGGCAGAUGUGUGGGUGAAAAUACAGGAUGUCUUGCAGAUGCUGCUGACAGAGUACCUGGAUAUGAAGAACACUCGGACUGCUUCUGAGCCAUCAGCCCAGCUCAGUUACGCCAGCACCGGACGUGAGUUCGCAGCCUUUUUUGCCAAGAAGAAACCACAAAGGCCAAAAAAUUCUCUGUUCAAGUUUGAGUCAUCCUCCCAUGCCAUCAGCAUGAGCGCGUAUUUACGUGAACAGAGACGGGAACUGUACAGUCGAAGUGGAGAACUGCAAGGAGGUCCUGAUGAUAAUUUAAUUGAAGGCGGAGGAACAAAGUUUGUCUGUAAGCCCGGAGCCAGGAACAUUACUGUUAUAUUCCAUCCAUUACUCAGGUUUAUUCAAGAGAUCGAACACGCCCUAGGACUCGGCCCCACCAAACAGUGUCCGCUCCGAGAGUUCCUCACCAUGUACAUCAAGAACAUCUUCCUCAGUCAGGUUCUGGCCGAGAUUAACAAGGAGAUCGAAGGGGUCACCAAAGCAUCUGACCCCUUGAAGAUCCUGGCCAACGCAGACACCAUGAAGGUGCUAGGGGUGCAGAGGCCCCUCCUUCAGAGCACGAUAAUCGUGGAGAAGACAGUGCAAGACCUCAUGAACCUGAUGCAUGACCUGAGUGCAUAUUCGGAUCAGUUCCUCAACAUGGUCUGUGUGAAGCUUCAGGAGUACAAGGAUACCUGCACUGUGGCCUACAGGGGCAUUGCCCAGUCGGAGGAGAAACUAGUGAUCAGUGCAUCCUGGGCAAAAGACGAUGAUAUCAGCAGACUCUUGAAGUCAUUGCCAAACUGGAUCAAUAUGGCGCAGCCCAAACAACUGAGGCCAAAGAGAGAAGAGGAGGAAGAUUUCAUAAGGGCAGCCUUUGGCAAGGAGUCUGAAGUUCUCAUUGGGAACCUGGGAGAUAAAUUAAUCCCCCAGCAGGAGAUCCUGCGUGAUGUCAGCGACCUGAAAGCCUUGGCGAACAUGCACGAGAGUCUGGAGUGGCUGGCGGGCCGGACCAGAGCAGCUUUCUCCAACCUUUCAACGACUCAGACUUUAUCCCCAGGUCAGGAUAGUCACAUGACCAUGGACCUCCCACCUGUGUCUGAGCAGAUCCUGCAGACCCUCAGUGAACUGGCCAAAUCAUUCCAGGACAUGGCUGACCGAAGCUUGUUGGUCUUGCAUUUGGAAGUCAGAGUGCACUGUUUUCACUAUCUCAUCCCUCUGGCUAAGCAAGGAAACUACGCCAUUGUCGCCAAUGUGGAGAGCAUGGAUUACGACCCUCUGGUAGUGCGGCUGAAUAAAGACAUCAGUGCCAUUGAAGAGGCAAUGAGCGCCAGUCUCCAGCAGCACAAAUUCCAAUACAUCUUUGAAGGCUUGGGACACUUGAUCUCCUGCAUUCUCAUCAACGGCGCCCAGUACUUUAGGCGUAUCAGUGAGUCCGGCAUCAAGAAAAUGUGUCGGAACAUCUUUGUCCUCCAGCAGAACUUAACCAACAUCACUAUGACUCGAGAAGCUGACCUGGACUUUGCAAGACAGUACUAUGAGAUGCUGUACAACACGGCCGACGAGCUCCUGAACCUGGUGGUGGACCAAGGCGUGAAGUACGCGGAGCUGGAGUACAUCCAUGCCCUGGACCUUCUGCACCGCAGCCAGACCGGCGUUGGGGACCAGACCACUCAGAACAUGCGGCUGCAGCGCCUGAAGGAGAUCAUCUGCGAGCAGGCCGCCAUCAAACAGGCCACGAAGGACAAGAAGAUAACCACCGUGUAACCCGCCCCUCCAGCCCCUCGGUAACCCGGUAGGGGCUGGGACUUCCCCGCCUGUCAGACCGUCCUGGGGCAAGCCUGUAAUUAUAGCAGAUGGGCAUGAAUGUCACAGGCAGCGAGUUCAAGUUAGCCCAGGGGCAGGCAAACCCAGUUUGGUUUGGCUACAUCUACCCUCUUGCACCCAUGUUUAGUUUAUUACCUAUAUUCAUCACUGAUUUUACCCCUUUGAGGGAAGAAGUUUGUUUCUGUUUUUUUUGAGUUUUUUUUCUCCCCGAAGGAGACUGUAGAAGCAGUUUGGGUUAUGGCGGGGAAUGGCUUUGAUUUAGCAUCUGCCUGUUUCAUUGGAUUCUAGAGGAAUGCGGGGUCUAAGGCCAGGGUGCACAUUUGGGAUCAGGGAAGGGAGGGAAGAUGGGUAGGAGGAUGCGCCUUGCUCCAAUGUGUGGGACACUCCAAACAGUGGGGAACGGGCUUCUACAUGGGAAUUUGUCCCUUUCUGCAAGGCUGGGUGGUUCGGCGGGGCCGGGGAGGGGGUGCUCAAGGGGUUUUAUUGCAUGAAAGAUGGGGUUCUUACACUGUUGGCGUUGAGAGUUUUCAGUGAGAUGAUAGCCUCAUCUCCUUGUGCAUGGCUUUUUUGCUGAUCCGUUGCCAAGGCCUUGGUAAACAGCUCCUGGCUAAGUAGAAUCGGGCCGUGGCAUUUUGCAGUUUCUUUUCCCCACCCGGAGCUGGACCUCCAGCUCCCGGUUCUGGGCAGGGUCUCCCGACUCAUCGUCCUUGAAGCAGUUCGGUUGGUUUUUGCUGCCCAUUUUUUCUGUUUACGAACCAAGGUCCACAUGAACGAGUUCAUUCUUUUCUGUUAGUGAGGGAAGGGGAAAAUAACCAACUUCUACAGCAAAGACAGUUGCUUAGGUUUUCACUUUGUGGGAGGAAACACUCGUUAGCAGAUUUCCUCUCUCUUGGAAAUGGAGCUUGGGGGGCAGAUUUCUUUCCUGCAGGCUAGUAGGUGCUGUAGCAAUCCUCUAGCUGGCCUUAAAGGGAGUGAGACAGGCUAAGGGGUUUCUUCUGUCCGGGACCUCUAAAAUCCUAGCCUGUCAUGCUCCCGCCCACCUUGCCUCACUCUGUCCUCUGUGCUACAGGCUUCACCACUCUUUUCAAUAUGCAUUUCCUUGACGUUGUUUAACUGGCAUUGCCCUCUGUGUGAGGAUUCUGGUUUCUUAACAAAGGAAAGAGCAGGACACUGUACACUCAGCCCCUUCCCUUUCCCCCCGAGCCCGGCAGCCUCGGGUGGCCUGGAAUUUUGCGCUUGAACAAUGUAGGCCUUGAAAAAAACAGGAAAAUUAAAGAAUGUUUUAA